UCUCUUCUAUUCUCUCUCUCUCUCUCUCUCUCUCUCUAAAUUUCUCCCGCUUCCUCUCUCUCCCGAGAUCGAAAGACCGUUCGAAAUUUCCUCUUUUUACUUCUUCCGUUGGAUGGAUCUGAGCUUCGAUUGAAUCUGUUUAUCGCUGUAGAAAACCCUGAAUUCGCCUCGGUGCGAUUCGAAAAGUCGUGGAAUUAGGGUUUCGUUUUCUUUGUCCGGGAUGUUGCUGGAGUUAGGGUUUUGGAUGGAUCUAGGGUUUGGCGUCGCUGUUUCUAGUGAAUUUUGAGCCCGGUCGGGCUUUGUAGUGGAGUCAAGGUGGGAUUGAUGGUACUCGUUGGAUUUGAAGCUGGGAUUGACGCUUGGAUUUGGGAAAAUGCAAGGCUAUGCAUGGGCGUGGAGGUGAGGAGAGGAAAAAAACUCGGCACAUGUGGACAAGCCCCACUCGUGGCCACCCGAUUGUAAGCGCUGCCCCCGAUGUUUCUUCUCCAUCUUCGCCUUCAGUUAAUUCAUUCUAUAAGGACUCUCGUAAAAUUAGUGUUGGUGACUGUGCUCUCUUCAAGCCACCUCAGAAGUGUCCACCUUUUAUUGGAAUAAUUCGUUCACUGACAGUUGGCAAAGAGGGUAAAUUGAAGAUACUUGUCAAUUGGCUUUAUCGGUCUGCUGAAGUGAACCUUGGCAAAGGUUUCCUACUGGAGACUGUGCCAAACGAAGUUUUCUACUCCUUUCAUAAGGAUGAGAUUCCUGCUGCAUCACUUCUGCAUCCUUGUAAAGUUGCAUUUCUUCCUAAAGGUGUUGAACUUCCAUCAGGGACUUCGUCAUUUGUGUGUAGGAGGGUUUAUGACAUUGCGAACAAUUGUUUAUGGUGGUUAACUGACCAAGAUUAUAUUAAUGUACUUCAAGAAGAAGUAGAUCAGCUGUUGUAUAGGACUCGUAUAGAAAUGCAUGCUACAGUACAACCAGGUGGUCGAUCUCCCAAGCCAAUGAGUAGUCCAACGUCAUCACAGUUAAAAUCAGGUUCAGAUAGUGUCCAGAAUAGUGCUUCUUCUUUUCCUUCUCAAGUUAAGGGCAGGAAAAGGGAGAGGGCAGAUCAAGGGCCUGAGUCUGCCAAGCGAGAACGUGUGACAAAAGUUGAGGAUGGAGACUCUGGUCAUUCUAGACAGGAAAACAUUUUGAAGACAGAGAUUGCAAAAAUUACAGAAAAGGGAGGGCUUGUUAAUGCUGAAGGGGUUGAGAAGUUAGUGCAGCUUAUGGUUCCUGAUAGAAAUGUGAAAAAGAUAGAUUUGGCUAGCCGGUCAAUGCUUGCUGCUGUUAUUGCAGCAACAGAUAAGUUGGAUUGUCUUAGUCAGUUUGUGCAGCUGAAGGGUUUGCCAGUGUAUGAUGAAUGGCUUCAAGAGGCCCAUAAAGGGAAGAUUGGUGACGGAAAUGGGUCUAAGGACAGUGAUAAAUCUGUUGAAGAAUUUCUUUUGGUAUUACUCCGGGCACUUGAUAAGCUUCCUGUAAAUCUCCAAGCUCUACAGACAUGUAACAUUGGCAAAUCUGUGAAUCAUUUGCGGACUCAUAAAAACUCAGAAAUCCAGAAGAAAGCUAGGGGAUUAGUUGACACAUGGAAGAAACGUGUUGAAGCUGAAAUGAAUAUUAAUGAUGCAAAAGCUGGUUCUGGUCAAACUGUCCCCUGGCCUACUAGAGCACGCCUUUCUGAAGUUGGCCAGGGUGGGAAUAAAAAUUCAGGUGGGUCAUCUGAUGUUGCUGUGAAGAGCUCGGUUACACAGCUUUCUGCAUCCAGAACUUCUUCUGUGAAGAUUACCCAGGGAGAGACUGCUGCCAGAUCUGCAUCUCCUGGGUCUAUGAAGUCGGUGCCCUCACCAACCUCAGCAACUAUGAACUCAAAAGACGGACAGCCCCGUGCUGCUGCCCUUAGUGGAGUUUCUGAUCUUCCUAUGGCAAAUGCAAGGGAUGAGAAAAGUAGUAGUUCUAGUCAAUCUCAUAAUAACAGUCAAUCUUGUUCCAGUGACCAUGCUAAAACUGGGGGUUUUUCGGCAAAGGAGGAUGCUAGGAGCUCUACUGCUAUGAGUGUGAAUAAAAUAUCAGGCAGUUCUUCACGGCACCGAAAGUCUGUUAAUGGAAUCUCAGGUAGUACAACUCCAUCUGGAGGGCAAAGGGAGUCUGGUCGAAAUUCCUCUGUACACAAAAAUUCAUCUUCGGAGAAAUUGUCGCAAUCUGGAUUAACAGAGAAGGUGCAUGAUGGGACUUCACUUGAGGGGAGUGCUCCCAAGCUGAUUGUUAAGAUUCCAAACAGAGGCCGAAGUCCUGCAGAGAGUGCAAGUGGAGGUUCUUUUGAUGAUCCUUCAAUCACAAACAGUCGAGCUUCAUCUCCUGUUUUCUCAGAGAAGAAUGAUCAGUAUGAUCAUAGUUCAAAGGAAAAGAUUGAUUUUUAUCGAGCUAAUACUGGUGCAGAUGUUAAUACUGAAUCCUGGCAGAGUAAUGAUUUUAAAGAUGUACUAACAGCAUCUGAUGAAGGCAAUGGGUCACCUGCUACUGUUACUGAUGAAGAGCGCUGUAGGACUGUUGGCAAUUCUAAGAAGUUGGAAGCAUCGAAAGCCACUUCAUCAUCAUCUGGAAAUGAAAAUAAGGCAGUGAAUAUUCAGGAUUUCAGCUCCAUAAAUGCCUUAAUAGAAAGUUGUGUAAAGUAUUCUGAAGCUAAUGCUUCUUUGUCUGCUGUUGAUGAUGUUGGAAUGAAGCUUCUUGCCAGUGUAGCGGCCGGAGAGAUUUCCAAAUCUGAAUUGGCAACACCUGCUGGAUCACCUGAAAUAAACACCAUUACGGUUGAGCAGUCAUGUCCAGGUAACACCAUGGAGUGUGAAGGAAAUCUUGUUCAAAAUGAAUGUCAUGCAAACACUGGCAUUGAUGAACAUAAGAAGCAGGAUACUGUCUCUGGUGAUUCACACGCUAAUAAUGAUAAUGAUUCUGGUUUGUUGGCAUCUGAAACGAAGGUUCCUGAGGAGCAAAAUAGGCAUAUCACUUCAUCUAGUAUGGAUUUGCAGCAGGUUACGGAAGCCUGUCCAGAAAGCAAAGAAGAAUCAAGUGAAAUCCCAAUUGCCGCUUCAUUGCCUGGCUUUCCUGAAAGCACGGUGCAAGAAACCAGAGGUAGUGAAUGUAGCAAACAGCUCAAGGAGAACAAAAAUGUUGAGAUUGCUAAUGCAGGUGGAAAUCUUGAUGUUAAAGUUAAUGAGGUUGCAAGAGUUGAGGUGGGUGCUGUUGACAAAUUGACGCCACAUCCCUCUGUGGAGGUUGAUGCGAAGGGUGAUAAUUGUAUAGUUGAGGAAUCAAGCAGUGGUGAACAGACUACUCAAAAGGUUCCCGUGGUUGUUAUGCAGGAUUCAAUGAAAGGAACAGAUGAGAAUGUGCUACAUCCUUCUGAUGAUAGUGUUGGUAAGGCUGCAGAAAACCACAGUGAAAGAGAAUGCAGAAAGGCUGCUGAUGUGGCUGCUCGAAGUCAUGCAGGUUGGUCUGAAAUCCAAAGAAAUGAGUGUGAAAAUGAUGCUGUGACAAUGCCUGAGAACAGGAGUACAGCUGGUUUUGGUUCUGGUGACACUGGUCUUGCUUCUGAGUAUGUAGAGGAGAAUUCAGAAACAAAGGAGGCUCAUGACCAGUAUGCUGGACAGAAUCUGCCAAGAGCUUCCCUGAGCUUGGCUUCACAAGAAAUGGGGCAGCUUCCAGGUUCUAAAGGAUCUAAAUUGACUGCCAUGGAAACUGAGGAAGCUGAAGAGUGCACCUCUGCCACUGCAGAUGCCUCUUCCAUGUCAGCCGCUGGUGUGUCUGAUGUUGUAGAUGCAAAAGUUGAGUUCGAUUUAAAUGAGGGCUUCAGUGCAGAUGAUGGAAAAUCUGGAGAGUUCAAUAGCAUUGCUGUGCCUGUAUGUGCACCUGCUGUACGAGUGAUCAGUCCGGUGCCUUUUCCUGCUUCAACCAUGUCUAGUGGUAUUGCUGCUUCAAUAACUAUGGCUGCUGCAAAGGGGCCCUUUGUGCCGCCUGAAGGGGAGCUUGGUUGGAAGGGAUCAGGUCCCACCAGUGCAUUCCGGCCUGCAGAGCCCAGAAAAAUUGUGGAAAUGCCUCUUGGUACACCAUCAGUUGCUCCUAUAUCUGAUGUUCCAGGUGGAAAGCAGAGCCGACAACCAUUAGAUAUUGACUUGAAUGUGCCUGAUGAAAGGAUGCUUGAUGAUAUAGCCUCUCAAGCUAGUUCUUGUCGGCUAAAAGAUGGGAUUUCCCCUGUUUGCUGCUCUGGAGGUCUUGGUCUUGACUUAAACCAGGUAGAUGAAGCUUCAGAUGUGGGCAAUUACUCCACAAGCAAUGGCCAUAAAAUGGAUGUACAAUUUCUGCAGGUGAAACCAUCAUCCAAUGCUCAUCCAAAUAGAGAGGCUAGUGCGCUUAGGGACUUUGAUUUGAAUGAUGGACCUGCUGUUGACGAAGUCAUCACAGAACCAACAUUGUUCACUCACCAUGCCAGAAGCAGUGUGCCAUCACAGCCCCCUGUAUCUGGACCUAGAACAAGUAGUACUGAACUGGGGAGUUUCUCAUCAUGGUUUCCUUCAACUGGGAACACCUAUUCAGCUGUCACAAUAUCGUCAAUUAUGCCUGAUAGAGGGGAUCAGCCCUUCUCAAUUGUUGCACCUAAUGGGCCACAGAGAAUGCUGGGUCCUGCUACGGCUACCGGUGGCAGCCCAUUUGGACCUGAUGUUUAUAGGGGACCAGUGCUUUCAUCUUCUGCAAUGCCAUAUCCAUCUGCGCCAUAUCAGUAUCCUAUCUUCCCUUUUAAUUCCAGCUUCCCUCUUCCAUCGUCAUCAUUUUCAGGUGGAUCAACUACUUAUGUAGAUUCAGCAUCUGGUGGAAGGCUUUUCUUUCCUACAGUAAAUUCACAGUUAAUUGGACCUGCCAGUACAGUUUCAUCUCAUUACACCACCAGGCCUUAUGUCUUUAGCCUUCCUGAUGGUAGUGGUAAUGCUGAUGUCAAGAAAUGGAGAGGGCAGGGUUUAGACCUUAAUGCUGGGCCUGGAGGUCCAGACUUGGAGGCCAGAGAUGAGACCUCAGCUCUUUUGCCAAGGCAACUUCCUGUUGCCAGUUCACAGGCGCUAGCUGAGGAGCAGGCGAGGAUGUUCCAGCUGGCUGGUGGUGUUCUCAAGAGGAAGGAACCAGAUGGUGGAUGGGAUAGCUACAAGCAAUCCUCAUGGCAAUAGCAAUCUCUAAUCAUACAGUCUGAUGAUAAAAAUGCUUUGAUUUGAGGAUGAACAAUGGUUUACUCCUAGAGAUCAUCGUCAAUUUUGGAGGCUUGGGUGGUAAGCGAGCACCUGGUUAUAUUCAUAGUAGGCGUCUGCCCUUUCCCUUCAUUAAAAUAUGCUAAUGGAAUGUAGCUGUGGGAAUAGUUGGUUGCUUCUUCAAUACGUUCUAGGUGGCUGCGCAUGAGCCUUUCCUUUGUAGAUACCUCCUUGACUGUUGGAAAGCUCUCAUUGUUUGCCCACCUAGACUUGUGAUAGGGUGCCCAUUCUUGUUUAGACUAUUUGUGGACCAGAAUCCACUAUAAAUAGAAGCCCUAUUGCAGCGCUGAAUUACUAAUUUGUUGCAGUUUGCUUCUGUUCUCUCAUUGUUGCACACGCACACAAGCUGACUGGUCAUCUAAUUUUAACAGCUGGGCAUUUCUUUUGUGGUUGAAGCCAUCGUGGAUGUUACCUUAAUUUUCCACAUUUUCCACUGCAAUAGUUCUCGCUGUAAUUACUAUAGGAUGCAGUUGCAAGUCUAAUAUUUUGCUAAUUAAACUGGUCGUGAUGGAUUUUACGUGUUAUUACUGGGUUUUUUGUACUAUCUCACACUAGAAUUUGAAGCCGGUCAUGAUGGAUCUCGAGCUUGUGCGAAGAGUUUAACUAGCCAGUUGAUAUUGUCUUCUAAAGAUAUGUAGUUCUUUCAGUUACUGAUAGCAUCAGGUUGUGUAACCCCAUCAGCAAGUUAUGCCCCUGGAAUAAAUGCCAGCAACUCGAUUCCAUGAGGUGUGUAUCAAGUUGCCUUUGUUGAAGACUUAAUUUGUGUUUAUUUUGGCUGAAUAAAAUUACGAGACAAUUCCCAAUGGUGAA